AUGUCGGCCAAUAUUCAGAUCGAACAGACAACUUCCACAUACUCUCCAAUAACUUGUCACGUUCUUGACUCUUCAUGUGGUCGUCCUGCGUCCGGAAUACGAGUUCAACUGGAGUUAAAGAGCCCACCUGAAACUAAUAAUAAAACCGAGGAUACUUGGGGUUUUAUUGCGGAAGGGGAGACAAAUAAUGACGGCAGAAUCCCAAACCUGAUCAAUCCUGAUCUGCUUCCACCAGAUUGGAAGAAAUCAUUAAAGUUAUUUGACUACGGUGAUGGGCCACCCGCAAAGGCCAUAUUCAGGAUCACCUUCUAUACGAAAGAAUAUUUCGACAAAUUGAAGCAAAAGACCUUUUAUCCUUACGUUCAG